AUGAAGAUGACCAAAACCCUUGAGAGGUACCAACGUUGCUGCUUCAAUCCACAGGACAACAGUGUGGAACAUGAAGCACAGAGCUGGUACCAAGAGGUGUCCAAGCUAAGGGCAAAGUACGAAUCCCUUCAACGCACUCAAAGGUUGUACCAUCAACCCUGCUUUUCUGCAUCCAGGCACUUGCUUGGAGAAGAUCUUGGACCAUUGAGUGUGAAAGAGUUGCAAAAUCUUGAGAAGCAGCUGGAAGGAGCUCUUGCACAAACUAGGCAAAGGAAGACGCAGAUGAUGAUAGAGCAAAUGGAAGAGCUGAGGAGGAAG